AUGUUCUCCGGACGCAAGAAGAAGGAAAAGGACGAGGAUGACAGCUCCAACCGCCUAGCCCUUUUCGGCUCUCGCAAGAAGGACAAGAGCACGCCUCCAGCUGCGAACCCCUAUGCCGCUCCGUCCCAAGCCGCCGACCCCUAUAACAAUCCGCCACCCCCGUACUCUGGUGGCAGCAGAAACGAUCAGUAUGGCCGGGAUAAGUCACCCGCCGUGACGGGACCGGGUCAACCAUAUGGUCGUGGACCUGGUGGGUACAGCGCACAAGGGGGUAACUAUGGCGGUGCUGGUGGAUAUGGCUCGGAUCGGUACGGAAGCGGAGGGCAAGAGCAGCCCUCGAGGAGGCCAGGCGGAUAUGGAGGACUUGGACGGGCCAACUCCAACGACACCAUGAGCACGGAAGCCGGCCGUAACGAGCUGUUUGGAAACGCUUCCCAGCGGUAUCAGGAGCGGCAGCAGCAGGGCGGACCCUCGGGAAUGGCUCCGCAGUCUGGUGCUUACGGCCAGGAAGCCCCUGGAGGGUAUGGCGCCUAUGGUGAUCGCCAGCUCACUGCUGAAGAGCAAGAGGAGGAGGACAUCAACGCGGCGAAGAGCGAGAUUAAAUUCAUCAAACAACAAGACGUUUCCUCGACUAGGAAUGCGUUGCGUCUGGCGCAGCAAGCCGAAGAAACUGGCCGUGACACACUGGCCCGUCUCGGAGCUCAAGGGGAGCGGAUACAUAACACAGAGAGGAACUUGGACCUUGCCAGCAGCCAGAACAGGAUUGCUGAAGAGAAGGCACGAGAGCUCAAGACGCUGAACAAGAGCAUGUUCGCCGUCCAUGUCUCCAACCCCUUCACUGCAUCCUCCCGACGCGAGGAACGCGACCGCAAGAUCAUGGAGACGCAUCAAGCCGAACGGGCUCAAAGGGAUGCAACCCGGAGAGCAGCCUGGUAUGUGCACUCAAAGCACUCCUUGGAAUCUUCAGCUCGCGCACAAGCCACAGCACAGAAGCUGCAGGAAAGCGGUGGUACCGGUCCUGGACGGUCGACGCUUACCGACCGCGCCAAGUACCAAUUCGAAGCUGAUUCGGAAGACGACGAGAUGGAAAACGAGAUUGAUUCCAACUUGAACGCUUUACACGGUGCUGCCAAGAGACUCAAUGCUCUCGGCCGUGCCAUGGGCGAGGAGGUCGACUCUCAGAACAAACACAUUGGCCGCAUCAUUGGCAAGACGGACAAAGUGGAUGAUCAGAUCGCUAUGAAUCGCGCUCGGCUCGACAGGAUUCAUUGA